AUGGCUUUUUUGGCUGGUAUGCAUGAUGGAUCGGUUCGGAUGAAGAGUCACACUUCGCCCAGGUCAACUGCCACCUCAGCACUGCUUGCCGAAGGCUAUACUGAAGACGGACAACUGAGUCCAUUCGACAGCAUCAGGCGUCAGUCACAAUACUCACUUGCCUCAACAUUGGGUGCUCGAUUAUCGAUCGCAUCAGGUGCAAAUUUAGAUGAUAAUCAUGUCAUUGAUGAGAUGCUUCAUCGCAUCGGAAGCCACCGCGGUAGCGUUCGAGUUGAUCGCCCGAAUAUUCCACCUAGAAAACCUGAUAGUUGGCUUGGAAAGGUAUUUGUGGAUGUUUGUUUCUGUAACAACUACUUCAUAUUGCAACCGCAAUACUAA